AUGCCGGAUGAAGCGAGUCCAAUACAAGCCGUUGGGAAAGUCCAGAAGUAUGUUGUUGGAAGCGACUGGGACUCGUAUGCUGAACAGCUAGACUUUUACUUCGUGGCCAAUGGUAUUAAGGACGCAAAUACGAAGAAAGCUAUCCUCCUAACAAAUAUUCCGACGGAAACAUACCAGCUUAUAAAGGAUUUAGUGGCUCCAGAAACACUAAGAAACGAUUCAAUUACGUACGAUGUUAUCGUCGAGCGGCUUGCGGGUCAGCUAAAACCACAAAAGUCUGCCUUGGUAGCCAGGUAUGAAUUCGACAAUCGAGCGAGGAAACUGGGUGAGUCAGUCAAUGAAUAUGUCGCAGUUUUGAAGCAUUUAGCUACCGAGUGCAAGUUUAAUGAAGCGAUGCGAGCCGAACGUCUUCGCGAUAGAUUGGUCUCGGGAAUUCGCGACGCCAAGAUGAUAAGCGAGCUGCUCAAGGUCAAGCUCUCAGACCUCACUGAUUUUGGAGACAUGAAACACGUGUCUACAAAAGGGGAUAGAUCACCCAUUAUUGUCACGGUACUUGUGGAAGGCCAAGAGUUAUCAAUGGAGCUUGAUACUGGGUCAGCCGUGUCGGUGAUAAGUAAAGAAACCUUCCACAGGUACCUAAAGGGCGUGUCCAUCAAGAGUACCACCCUCCAGUUACGCACUUAUACAAGGGAAAUAGUAAAUCCCGUUGGGGUCUCCCAAGUAAAAGUACAGUAUCAGGAACAGAUACAUGUUCUCCCUUUGUAUGUUGUCGAAAAGGGAGGACCCACCUUGUUUGGCCGGGAUUGGCUAAGGUGCAUUCGCUUGAAUUGGCCUCUGUUAAAACUGGGAAAGGUAGACAGCCUAGACGACGUGCUCGAUAAGCACAAAGUUGUUUUCUCAGAGGGUCUUGGGAAGUUGAAGAAUUUCAAAGCGCACAUCGAGCUAAAAGAAAAUGCACGGCCCAAGUUUUGGAAACCUCGACCCGUAGCGCUAGCACGCAAGCCGGCGGUGGAACAAGCCCUGGAUGAGCUAGAGGCUGAGGGAGUGAUAGUGGGGGUGAAUUAUAGCGAAUGGGCGGCGCCCAUCGUGACUCCAGUAAAGAAAGACGGCAGUGUCAGGAUAUGCGGGGAUUUUAAAGUAACAAUUAACCCGCAACUAGAAAUCGACGAAUACCCCCUUCCACGCAUAGAAGACAUCUACGCCAGUCUUAGUGGUAAACAGUUCAGCACUCUUGAUUUGCGCCAGGCCUACCUACAAAUGGAGGUUGAUGAACGGUCCAAGCAUUACCUUACCGUCAAUACUCACCGAGGGCUGUUCCAAUACCAACGCUUACCGUACGGUGUGGCCUCGGCACCUGCCAUCUGGCAGAGAGCGAUGGAUCAGGUAUUACAGUGCCUCCCAGGAGUACAGUGUUACCUAGAUGAUAUCGUAGUGACCGGUAAGUCUGAAAGAGAACACCUGGAUGUGCUGAACAAGGUGUUGCAGAGGCUGGAGGAGUAUGGACUAAAGGCCAACAAAAGGAAAUGCAAGUUCCUCCAAGACUCCGUGGAGUAUCUGGGUCACGUGAUUUCUGCGGAGGGUCUACGCCAAUCGCCCAAAAAGACUAAAGCCAUCGUAGAGAUGCCAGCACCCCAGGACGUAGCACAGCUGCGCCCGUUCCUAGGCAUGGUCCAGUACUAUGCAAAGUUCAUGCCAGAUCUCGCUACGGUCCUAGCGCCACUUCAUCGUUUGCUUAAGAAGAAUGUUAAGUGGACCUGGUCGAAGAAGGAGGCGGAUUGCUUUGAGUCUGUUAAAAAGAUGCUGCUGGAGGACAAAGUACUAACCCACUACGAUCCCGACCUCCCGCUAGUUAUGGCCAGCGACAGCUCAUCGCAUGGUCUCGGAGCUGUCCUAUCUCAUCGUAUGCCGAAUGGAAACGAGAGGCCGAUCGCGUUCGCUUCUCGUUCAUUGUCAAACACUGAAAAAAAGUAUUCGCAGAUCGAGAAAGAGGCGUUGUCCAUCUUGUGGGGAGUGAAAAGGUUCCAGACAUACCUCGAAGGGAGGAGCUUCGAGCUAAUAACAGACCACAAGCCGCUGAAAUAUAUUAUGGACCCUGGGAAGGCAGUUCCAGUUACCGCUGCCGCAAGGCUGCAACGCUGGUGCCUUUUCCUGGGAGCCUUCACGUACACCAUCCAACACCGAAACACCAAACAGCACGCGAACUGUGAUGAACUUUCUCGCCUACCACUGGCGGAAAGCCCUAAGGACAAACAUGAUGAAACCGAAGUUUAUUUCAUGACUGUGGUGGAAGAUCUCCCAGUGAAAGAGAAGGAGCUCAAGAGACACACUCGCAGAGAUGCAGUUCUUGCCCGUGUCCUCGAAUCAGUGCAGAAAGGAUGGGAGGACGAUACGAUUACUCCGGAAAUCGCCCCUUAUGAUCACUGCAAGGAUGAAAUAACCUUACUGCACGGAGAGAUCCUGAUGUGGGUAACCAGAGUUAUUGUUCCGAAGAAGUUGCAAGACAGGGUUCUGCAAACCCUUCACGAGGGACAUAUCGGGGUGGUUAAAAUGAAGGGCCUCGCGCGCGGUCACGUGUGGUGGCCAAACAUCGAUAAAGACAUCGAGCGUGUUGGGAGACAGUGCGAGGGCUGCCAAGAAAUGGCAAGAAACCCAUCAUCUGCACCCCUACAUCGUUGGAAGUUCCCCGUGCAACCUUGGCAGCGAGUCGACAUAGACUUCGCGGGACCUUUCCAGGGGAGAAUGCUCCUAGUCUGCGUGGAUGYCCAUACGAAAUAG